AUGCUUCAAGACCGACUGAACGACGCCGCCAUUAGUCUCCACCGAGCUCUCAGCCAGAAUAAUGUGCAAUUUGGUAUCUUUGGCGGCUAUGCGAUUGGAGUACUUGGUGGUGCCCGCGAAAGCAAGGAUAUAGACUGCCUUGCAUCCAUAUCCAAACCGCAGGUUGUUGCUCUGCUCAAUGGGAAAGAUGGAUUCACAGUGAUUCCACAAACCCGCCAGGAUUAUGUUGCAUUUCUCUGGUCCGACAAACCUGAUCACAGUAAUCCGGUGCUUGUAGAAAUAUUUUGUGAACAAUUUUCCGGUAUUAUCUUUUCUCGCUAUCAAUCGACGCAUGCUGAUAAUUAUGCUUUAGGCUCUCGACACACCAUGAGAGAUAUACAAGCCACUGUCCGAACUGUGAAUGGGCAGAAGCUUGGGAGUGGUCUUUCAUGUUUUCUUGAUCCAUUCUAUCUGUUCAAAGGGAAGCUUCGUGCUGCUGCAACUCGAGCUAAGUUCCAUGACUCAGCAGAUCUUCGCUGGUUGGAAGGUCGACACGGUGCUGCAAUCCAGGCACGAAAAACUGAAUUGAGUCUUCAAUACAUCGGGCUGGCAAUAAAGCGAUAUCCCGAGCUCGAGAUGUUAUUCACGAGACUCAACGUUGAUCUUGCAGGUGCUCAAAAUUCUGCACGAAAUCUAGAGCUAUCCAAACUCCCAGCGCCGGCACCUGGAGAUGUCCAGCAUGGACUACUAGGGUAG